AUGACAGAACGUGUCUCUGAAUCAUCUGCUCCCCGAUUCAGCGAAUAUCGGGCUCGAUUGACCAAGGCGCUGGAAGACGAAAGUUCGACAGAGGAAAGUACUUGUCAGGAAGAUGCGAUCACACGCCGACAUAAAUCGUCCACCGUGAAAAAGACGAAAAGAGAUGGUAAACGAGCUGACAGGGGUGGUGAAUCUGGAAACAGCGGCGGACGCGAUACUUAA